AUGUCACUUUCUACUCGAGUCUCGUUACAAUGGCCUCCGAAUGAACCGGAGGAACUCUCUAACACUCUUGUGAUGAAUUCCAAGAGCGGGCACUUUGUUGACAUUCGUAUUUUCCGUCAGUACUAUCCAUUGAGUGAAAGAGAUGCUACAAAGCCAAUUGACGAAGUCUUCCAAUGGUGUAUGUGUGGCAUAGAAGAACCCUUAGGUGGAGGUACAAUCAACUUUAAGAAAGAUUUGGAUCAUAUCGCUGUUUCUGAAGCUCUUGAGACAGGUACACCACCCGACCAAAUUCAAAUUCAGGGAGCGCCAGAUAUCGGACACUUCUCAUCGAUUGAGGGCAGUGAGAACCGUAAAGAAACAGGUUCUAUGAUCAGCCCUGAAACUGGUAAAGAGGAAGAAUAUAUCGAGAUUUGGAAAUCGUUAGAUCCAAUUGCGCACAACCCAACUGAAGACGUGAGAGAGAAGGAGGCAUAUCUGUGCAAAGCAACUGUCCUUAAGGUCUCUAAUCCAACAUAUGAAGGCAAGUUGUUGAAAUUGGGUAAUUGGUUGCAGGGACUUCUUUAUACGAAACUGACUUGCAAGUUCAGUGUGAUUAGGUCACAUUAUGAUGGUAAUUGGAACGAUUUGAUCAAGUACGGGGAAAAAAUGUUUCCAAAGGAACUUUCUUGUACGGUUGGAGACACCAUUGAGUACGAUGGAGUCAAGUGGGAAUGUUUAGAGGUAUAA